CUUAAUGGUCUGUCUGAUGAUGAUAUUAAAAAAUUGAUAUAUGGAAGAAAUCCAAAAGCUCAUGAAAAGUUCUGGAAACACCUAGGACGCAUGGGAACGCAAUGUAGGGAUCGAUGGCGAGAUUACCUCCAACAUAGAAAAGAAAAAUUACGUGGUAAAUGGACCGACGAAGAAGAGCAAAAAUUAAUAAAUAUCAUUGUCGAAUUAACUAGGCAAAAUGAUGCUGACAUUUCUUUGGAUUGGGGAAUCCCAUGGCAACAAGUCUCUUCCUUAAUGGAAAAUACUAGAUCACCAAACCAAUGUCGUGCGAAGUUAUAUGAGGCUCAAAAAGAUGAUGAAACCUCUGUAGACUGGAGUGAUUUAAAUGACGAAAGAUGGGGCCCAUGGUAA